GUUUGUUUUGAUUCCAGUCAUUCGUAGCGACGCUGCUGCUCGGUGUUGGUGGCGCGCCGAGACGCUGAGAUAUUGAAAUAUUUCUUCUGCGCGCGUGAAAUUUUUCUUAGCACUUCCACCGGUUUAUAAUGGAAAUGAACGAGAUUGGAAGUUUGCAGCUGCCAGACCAGGUUAAUCUUCCGUUUGCCAUUACCAGCACGGGUGACUACUUUGUCACGUGGACCAAGGGAAGUGUGGAAUGCUUCCAGCUGAAGUACAAGCACGUCAACGAGGACGGUGCGCUAAACUUCAUCCUGAGCCGGUUCGAAUGUUCCAAGGAAAAACCCACCGGUCAAAUAAUGACCAAAGAGGUGGAUAUCUACAACAACAGCAAUCGGUACGAGCGGGCAAGGAUCAUGCUCGAUCAAACCAUGAUUCCGAACGUGGCGACGUUAUACAUCAGCAAUGUGUUGGCCGCGGUGUCCCCACAGGGACUCCUACCGGACUACAGCGUCUGUCUGGUGGCCAAUCUGACCAACAUGGGCCAGCUUUCCAUCUUGCGAUUCGACGAUUUCCAAAACGAAUGGGUUCCCUAUGUGGACGUCUCGGCGACUUGGCUGGCUCACUGCUACGAUAACAGCGUAGUCAAAAAGUUCGACCAUCUGCGAUCCGCCGUCUGCGAUGCCCUUAUAACGAGCUUCUGCUGGCGUGAUCAUGCGUUUCGCCAAGUGGGACACUUUGCCAUUGGAACCAAGUCGGGCACCAUUGUUCUGUACAGCUUGAUGUCCGACAGUGUCAGCAUUCAGUACAUAGCAUCCGUGAAUCAACCGGUUCGGAUGCUGAAAUGGAUCACCAUCUCUGAGGAGCGGAACCUUCUGUUGGUCGGACUGCAAAACGGAAAAAUUGGCCUUUACGGAUUCAAAACGAUGCCCGAUGCGAGCGUGAUCGAUUUCGAGCAGCUGAACAACGUCUGGGCCGAGGACAACCUAAUGGUAGGACAGGUUCAGUCAGAAGUGGACUAUGACAACGAACGGCUGCUCAUUCUGGUGGUUAAGGGGACGCAUCUGUUGAUUUUCUCGUGCAGUUUGCAGGGCGAGAUUCGCGCGGUGGCGGUGGAGAAUAUGAACAAUUUUAUGAUAACAGGUCUCCAACAACUAGCUCCCCACCGCUACAUUGUAUGCACCCUUCCGGGAAUGGUGUUCUGCGUAGACAUCAAAAUCAUCAAAGGUGAUCAACUGUUGAUCGAACACACACCCGUCAAAUCGGAUCUGAAUCUCAGCAAGUACUCGAUAUAUGGCAUGACGGCGUCGCGCAAUCGAUCCUGCUGGCUUUUCAUAGGCUAUCCAUCGAAGAGUUUCGAUCGUCUGGGGUUGCGAACACCAACGGUUGUGUUCUUCUGCAAGUUUAACGUAUGCGAUGCGUUGCAGCUGUUGCUGAACAAUCCCACUCUACGAAUGACCAAGUUUUACGAUUGCGCUGAAGUUGUUCGAUUCAGCGGAAACCGAAAUCCGGAUGCGGUAAAACCCCUCGAACUGAGAGCAUCCCACAGUGCCAAUGUGGACGAUGGAUACGCCUACCACCUCAAGCUGCAGCUGGUUCAGUUAGGUGCAAGAUUAAGCCACUUCAAAAAACGUUGCCAAGCAGUCGCCGAAGUUCUGUACAAUCAGUUGCAAUUUCUUCGAAUGGUUAUCGAAAUUCUCCACGCGGCGAAAGUCAUAGCAUACUUUUUGCACGUGCGCCACGCCCUUAGCGAACUGAGCUAUCAGCAGCUACUGACCAUUCGUUGUUUGCGUAACUUUAUCCAGGAAUUCGUUGAAGAUAACUUUCCCGGCGAUUACGAGCACGUACACCUGCUGCUGAAACCGCCCAUGGAGGAAGUGAUCACCCGGGCGAACGAACUGCUUGCCACAUCCCAGCAAGAGCUGUAUCCCGAGGAGUGCACCUUCUGUGACGGGCCAAUUCCCGAUACCAAGCUCAGCUGCGCCGAGAAUCACCAAACAUUCCGCUGUUCGAUCACCAAACAGCAAAUCGCCAUGGGUCACGUGGAAACGAUGUGCGAAAUGUGCGAUCGGUGCUCGUUGGAUGGGCAGCUGCUGGCGGAGAUUUUCUGCGCCGACGGGGGUCAGCUCGUUAUCUACUGGAUGGACUGCUGCCUGUGUGACAUGCCUUUUAGGAAGCACGUGAUUCCGUAGAGGUUUUUUAGAAUAAUAAAAAUGGGUUUGAGCUUACACGGCAUGCUGCACUGAUAAGUAUAGAGGUAGGUAGGGGUAAGAUGAUGAUUAAAUUUGUUGAGGAACGAAAGUCCGGAAAUCCAACUUUCUGACCAAGGAUUGUCGCCGUAAAAAUCUCGCUGAUGCGGAAGUACCUCAAUAUGAAGAGCAAAAUAUACAUUAUCAUUUUGGUCAAUCUUCUCCUA